AUGCUUCUCCUUUUUCCCCCUCCUAUUCUGCAGCCAGUCACUCCUUGCCAUGUGUUUUUUUGUUUGUUUCUUUUUUUGUUUCUUUGUUUCUUUUCUUUUCUUUUCUCUUGGGUUUUGCACACAAAGGGACCUUCUUUGCGUACGUAUAUAUAUAUAUAUAUAUACAUACAGGCGAAGAUUUAUUGUGUUAUGACGGGAGGGUUGAAUAAUGAGGGUGGCGAGGUGCCGCGACGACGUGCCGGCAUUUCAUUGCAGCGUACCCAUCAACGGUUCCUCCUCCGUCAACAACAGUUUACGCAGCAGUACGCGGCCAUGUAUCAAUGCAGGGAAAAGGCGCUUCAGCCACGUGCGUUGCGUGCCAUCCGCACGAAAAUUGAUGUUCAUCUUUCCACUGGGAGCUCUGCACCGCCAUUUGCUCGUGUUUUAGAUCUUGUGCCGGGCCAACGUGCGUUGUGUGUGGGGGUGAUAUACAAGCAGAUGCGCCUGCUUCCACGUUUUCUGGACGAGUACCAAAAGGAACUCAUCCGUAUUGAUGCUGGUGAGGAUGACGAUGAGGAGAGUGGAGCAGCAGAUGCACUUUGCGAUACAACACCUCCCCUUGCAAGUGAGCGGGUGGCCACAAUAAGCGGGGAUGGGGAAAUUGGAGGAGGAAGACAUGCUGAGUGGCAGGGCGGUCGUGGCGAGUCUCGGGAGCAGCACGUCCCACUCUGCCACUCGGCAGACGAGGUCUUCAUGGAGGACGGCAGUGGCCGAGUGUUACUGAAGGAAGUUCCUGUGGAUUUACUUUGCACGGGGCUUGUGAUGGGUGUUGACGGGACACUGCGCGACAGUGGAUGCCUUUUUGUUCACAGUUACGCCCUAACCGAUUUAAGGGAGAUUUAUGUCCCGCGACUGCUACCCGGCAAAACCCGAGGUUUACCUUGCUAUGUGGGGAUUGUCUGCGGCUUGGGAUUGGGGAGCCCGCAGAUGCAGGAGGCAGAAGUGACACGCAGCCGUACCAUGGUGGAACUUCUCGUGGAUUAUUUGUCCGGCCAUGUUGGCGAUGACGCCAUGAUCACACAGGCAUCCCGCAUUGCUCAUUUGGUAAUUGCUGGCAACAGUAUUGCCCCCACCGAUGAACUACGACUGAAGAAAAAGGUGAAAUUGGACCCAUCCGACCACACACGACUCAGUGACGAGAAACAAGAAGGUGGCGCAAUUACAUCUGCGAUGCUUAUGACCGAAUUUGACGCCGUCUUGACACGCAUAACGGAGACAAUUGAGGUCGAUGUGAUGCCGGGUGAUCAGGACGUGACCAACGCGUUUCAGCCGCAGCAGCCGCUUCAUCCGCUGCUGCUUCCUGAGGCCGCACGUCGCUCUUCAUUGAAGCUUGUAACAAACCCAUACGAGUUCCAUGCAUUUCCCGGUAAAAAACCCACUGCUACUGCUACUGCUACUGCUGAACGAACGGCGACGACGACAACAACAACAACGGCAGAGGGUGGCACGAUAUUUUUUAUUUCUUCUGGUAGCAACUUGAAUGACGUUAGCCGUGAGACCCGAUAUCGUACACGACUGGACGCCAUGUCCAUGCUGCUUCGCUGCGGCUGCGCCUGUCCGACGGCACCCAACACGUUGUUCAGUUACCCAUUCAAGAUUUUAGACCCUUUUGUCUUUCCAAGCGCUCCGCACUGUUUUGUCUGCUGCGAUCAACCGGAAAUGCAGACACGAUGGGUGCCACUUGAGGGCUUUAACCCUGCGGGUGACGACAACACAAAUGAAGAGGCCCCUGUAGAAGACAGCGCCGGGGUGCGACUUAUUUGUGUGCCGCCUUUUUCCCAAACAGGGGCGCUUGUACUUGUGGACGUCAACUCGCCUCGGUUGGACACAGUCGUUGUUAAUUUUACCUCCGCAUCCCACGAAAUGCCGUAA